AUGCCAGUCGCAAAAUCCCGAAUGAGACCGCAGAGGGCGAGAGAAGGAAGUGUCGGCAAUGAACAACCAUGGACACCAGGAGCAGAGCCUCGUCCCAAACGACGCAGGAAUACGACCAUCCCUUCACCAAGCAGCUCGUCAUCGAGCUUCAUCGAGCGUGAAAAAACGGAUAAUGUGCGAUUGGGGUCAACAGCCAGCGAAGCAUACGACGAGCUCUCCAAAGAAGCCGUAGAGUCGCCUGAGAAUGCGACUCAGAUGCCUCACAGAAUUGUUGUCGGCCAUUUGGGUGAUGUCAUCAAUGCAAAUCUGUCAACCCAAAGCAACCAGAGCAAGGCUACCACGCAUCAGAAAAAGGCUGCCAGCGGAGAAGAGAAUCAAGCUGAGACGCUCUAUAUGAAGCAACAUUUCGAUCAGCUGACGGCUGAUCUCGCCGGCAGCCAAUCCGAGCGGAACACCAUGGUGCAAAGGCUGCACUGGCUCGAGGCAGAUCUCAAGCGCAUCGAUCCAGCUGAACCGAGUGCUUUUGCUGAAGAAAAGCGCGCUCUACCUCCUUUUCAACCGCAGCCUAAGCGAGGAGGAGGCUCAAAGCCCAACAGGAUUCUCGAGGCCCCUUUCCGACGAGAGCUUCGUAGGCGAAUGGGCCUAGGAUCGAAAGAUCCGCUUCCACACUUCGAAGCGAACCCUCCCAGCCUCUACGGGGUUCCUGUCCUCCGCAUCGACUGGUCAAAACCAGCAACAGCCUAUGCCGGGCUUGUCCAGGAGAUUGUCACUCGGAUUACUGAACGAGAUGCCUCUGCACGGCAACGAGUCGAAGAACUUGGUGGUCUAAGGGCUGCCAUCGACGUGUGCUUGGCCUCUUUGAGCCGUCUCAUAAAGGAGUGGCACCAGCAGCAGCGCGACGCCAUCAAUCCUGACAGGAGGCACGCCAGAGAUGCCAGCCGUAGAAGAAACACUCGAGUCAAGAAGAAGUGCGAUAAGCGCACUGCCGCCUUGCUUCGCGAUGACACUCUGCGUCGUCGGUAUCAUUAUACCAACUUUACUAUCCCACAGGCAGCUAGUGUUGAAGCCACUGACGUCGAGGCCACCAAUGACUCAGACAACGAGGCCGAAACGAAAUCGCUCGAACCAAGCAUCGGGCGUAUCAAUCGCCUUGCUGGUGUUGGUGUUGGUGGUGGCAAGGGGGGCCAACAGCGUAUUGCGGCGAUGCGAAAGCUGGUACCUUGCUGGAGAUCGCUGGAGCUGCAUCAGGCCUUGCAACAGGUAGAUGAAAGGAUGGAGGCAAAUAAAGCAGCACAGCCUUGGUUGCCAGCGCAGUUGCGACAAAGGCUUGAACCAUGGCCAGUCCAGUAUCCGCCCAUCGAUACUGCCACGGAGCCUUUACCAAGUUGCAUCGAGCGGUGGAUGGUCAGCUUCGAAUUUGCGAGGCUCUUCCCAGAAUCAGUUGCUAAUGUGUCGCGCAACAAAAUCCAUCCUGCGACUACCAACUCGACCAUACUCGACCCAGAUCAGUGGGGCCAACAUCCACCAUACGAGGUCUAUCAUUCAGAUCACCGGCACAGCGGAGCGACGGGCCCUUUCGACGGCUGGAAAGAUCGCAACAUGGACUGA